CUUGCGCAGGCGCACAAAGCCGCUCUGGCAACCUCCGCAGCGGCCGCGCGCACCCUUCACCCCGCUGGCUGAUUUUGUCUCGCGCAACCUUCUUAGGCCCUCCGCAAGAUCAGCCCUUCUUUUCCUCCCCUUUCCCCACCCGGAGAGUCAGGUUCCGAGAGCCGGGACCCUGCCCCUUCUCCGUUUCCCUUCCCCUGACCCACCUCUCCUCUGUCCUCCCUCCCUUUUCGGUUCCCGGAGCCGGAAGGAGCCGAAGUGCCGACGGAAAAAGUCGAAGCUAUCUCCCGUGAGUGAAGCCUUCCCGAAGCGGUGGCGGAAGGAGCCGAAGUUCUCCGAGAGGGGAGGAGGGUGCUCCUGGCAUCUCCGGAAAGAGCCGAAGUUUGGAAACGAGCUUAAUCUCUGGCUGGGUCUGAGGGCGAGCUCCGGAAGCCUUCGGAAAGUGACGAAGUCCGGGACGGUUAGGCUUGUCGGAAGUAGCCGAUUGCUUGGACAGGGCCGGCGGAGAAGAGCGGGGAGAAUCUGCGCAAGCAGUCAAAGACUGGGACAAUUUCAAUUUUCGGAAGAAGCCGAAUUCUUAGAGGGGGCUGGGUGCAGAGGAACGCGAGGAUCUACGGAAACAUCUGAACGUUGAAGAGCUAAUAUCCGAAAAGUUACGAAAACCUGGGAAGGCGGCGAAACCCUCGCUUCGGGUGUUUUCGGAAGCAGCCGUAGCUGCUGCUCCCGAGGCUUUCCUCUACGGUCCGGAAAUAGCCGACGCGUUUCGGAGCCAGGCCCGGGGGGGAGGGGCACCUCGCGGGCGCGCAGGCGGGGAGAGGGGCGGAGCUGGGGUGGGGCGGGCAGCCCGGGCUUGAUUAGGUAGGAGGCGGUGGAGCGCCGGCGGCGGCCGGAAGUAGCCGAAGCAAGCGGCGGAAGUAGCCGAAGCGGCCGGAGCGGGCGCGCGGCAAGGCGAGGCGAGAGCUCCACAGGGCCCUACGCGGCCGCCUCAGCAUGUCGGACUUCGACGAGUUCGAGCGGCAGCUCAACGAGAAUAAGCAAGAGCGUGACAAGGAGAACCGGCACCGGAAGCGCAGCCACAGCCGCUCUCGAAGCCGGGACCGCAAGCGCCGCAGCCGCAGCCGGGACCGGCGCAACCGGGACCAGCGCAGCGCCUCCCGGGACAGGCGGCGCCGAAGCAAACCUUUGACCAGAGGCGCUAAAGAGGAGCACGGUGGAUUGAUUCGUUCCCCCCGCCACGAGAAGAAGAAGAAGGUCCGUAAAUAUUGGGACGUGCCACCGCCCGGCUUUGAGCACAUCACCCCCAUGCAGUACAAGGCCAUGCAAGCUGCCGGUCAGAUUCCAGCCACCGCCCUUCUCCCCACCAUGACCCCCGACGGUCUGGCUGUGACCCCGACACCGGUGCCCGUGGUCGGUAGCCAGAUGACCAGACAGGCCCGGCGCCUCUAUGUGGGCAACAUCCCCUUCGGCAUCACUGAGGAGGCCAUGAUGGAUUUCUUCAACGCCCAGAUGCGCCUGGGGGGGCUGACGCAGGCCCCCGGCAAUCCCGUCUUGGCAGUGCAGAUUAACCAGGACAAGAACUUUGCCUUCUUAGAGUUCCGCUCAGUGGACGAGACCACGCAGGCCAUGGCCUUUGAUGGCAUCAUCUUCCAGGGCCAGUCGCUGAAGAUCCGCAGGCCUCACGACUACCAGCCCCUGCCUGGCAUGUCAGAGAAUCCCUCUGUCUAUGUGCCUGGAGUCGUGUCCACCGUGGUCCCGGACUCUGCCCACAAGCUGUUCAUUGGGGGCUUACCCAACUACCUGAAUGACGACCAGGUAGACCCUUCGUCUCUUCCCGCCCCUCCCCCGUCACAGCCUUCGUCCAUACUCUCAUGGCGUCUUGGCCUGCCGCAGGUAAAAGAGCUGCUGACAUCGUUUGGGCCUCUCAAGGCCUUCAACCUGGUCAAGGACAGUGCCACAGGGCUCUCCAAGGGCUACGCCUUCUGUGAGUACGUGGACAUCAACGUCACAGACCAGGCCAUUGCGGGGCUGAACGGGAUGCAGCUGGGGGAUAAGAAGCUGCUUGUCCAGAGGGCAAGCGUGGGAGCCAAGAAUGCCACGCUGAGUACCAUCAACCAGACCCCCGUGACCUUGCAAGUGCCUGGCCUGAUGAGCUCCCAGGUGCAGAUGGGUGGUCACCCGACUGAGGUCCUGUGCCUCAUGAACAUGGUCCUGCCUGAGGAGCUGCUGGACGAUGAGGAGUACGAGGAGAUCGUGGAGGACGUGCGUGACGAAUGCAGCAAGUACGGGCUCGUCAAGUCCAUCGAGAUCCCCCGCCCCGUGGACGGCGUGGAGGUGCCCGGCUGUGGAAAGAUCUUCGUGGAGUUCACCUCUGUGUUUGACUGCCAGAAAGCCAUGCAGGGCCUGACGGGUCGCAAGUUCGCCAACAGAGUGGUUGUCACAAAAUACUGUGACCCCGACUCUUACCACCGCCGGGACUUCUGGUAGAGGCGGCGGGGGAGGGCAGGGGCAGGGCUGGCUGGGGCUUCUCCCCCUCCAGCUCCCCCUCUUUUCCCCCUCUGAAGACGAUGGGCAGAGGAGUGACAGCCGAAUGACAGCCGGCAGCAACUGGAAUGGCACCGAUUAAGG